AUGUUUGCCCAUGCUGCCUUCACCCUGGCCGUAGUCGUCAUUGGCUAUCUCGUGCGGGGCAACAUAGCGCGUGCGAUCCAGCCAACCCGACCCGAGACCCUAACCAACAACAAGGAGGACCAUGCCGAAGCUCUCGCUCUAGCGCCCGGAUUGAGUGACGAAGAAUUGGAAGGUCUCACCUCGCCUAAGACCUCAGGCUCUGAUCUAGUCGGCACUCUACUCGGUCGUCUCGUAGUAGCAACAUUCCAUGAUCCAAAUCGCCACUACUUACCCGAUAAUGCGAUCAAUGAGGUCAUUGUUCAGACAGCUAUCGAACAGGAGCUGGCUAAGAUCGAGAAAUUUCCAUCAAAGCAGGCUGACAAGUGGAACCGCGAACGUCGGUCUCAGCUCGCAACAUGGAUCCGUAUCAAGGCCCCGAAGGUAUUCGCUAUCACCAUUCAAUGCGACUUCGAACCAUAUCAUUUGCUACUGGCCAUGGCUAUGUUUCAGAGGUGCGAGAUCACUGACGAGAAGCUGCCACUGGUUGACAAACCGCCAAGUCAACAUAUAUUUCCUCCGCAGAUCUGGAAUCAACUCAAGAUCGUCAACUUUCGAGAGAACCAGUGGAAGUGUUUGGCUCCAGUAUUCGUCCAACAAAAGUACAGCUACGAUCUGAAAGCGCAAUGCAUAUUUCCAUUCACUUCCGAUGGGGCAGUUCCAAAGGAUGGCGCUUUUAGCUCCGUAUAUCGGGUCACAAUACACGAGGACCAUCAUGAAUAUCCAGAAAUACAUCAGGUAGCGCUUAAGGAGCUCAAAGUACCGCAAGGAGGAGAGCAAGCUGCUGGAACCGACCGGGCCUGGAACUUCGAAGCUACUGCUCUAGAAGCUAUCAGAAAGCUCAACCAUGCUCACAUCGUGAAAUGCAUAGCUGCUAUCCGAAGAGGCCAUAGUCGCUACUUCAUGUUUCCCUGGGCUGAUGGGGAUAGCUUGCGCGACUUUUGGGACAACACGCCGCGAGAGGCACCAAACCCAUACAUCAUCGAACAAACUAUUGUUCAGCUCAGAGGAAUUGUCGAUGCUUUAGACCGACUUCAUAAUUUCGAAGGUGGGCGUCCAGAACCCGAUCGCGGAGUUAAUGGCCUCACAAUACGGCUGAACGACUCGAACGUUGUGGAAUCGCAUCUGAGCGGCGAAAGCGAUGCCGGUAGCGACAAUGGACUUGACACUGAAGUGGACGACUACAAGAACGCGGGACAUGCCGAGUCUAUCAGGCAUGGCGAUUUGAAGCCGGAGAAUAUACUGAGGUUCCUUGACACCAGGUUUAAGUCUGGCUUGGGAACUUUAAAGAUUGCAGACAUGGGCCUAGCUAAGCGGCACGUAGUAGCUACACAAGAGCGGGGCAAGGCGACAAGCACAAGAUACGGUACACGGCGGUACGAAGCGCCCGAAACUGUUACCGGUGAGAAUGCCCGCUCCCGGCUCUACGACAUCUGGUCAAUGGGAUGCAUCACUUUUGAGUUCAUCAUCUGGAUCUUAUACGGAAACGACGAAUUGACCAACUUCUACAAACAGAUCGAGGGAAAUGCACAACAAAUUUGCCAGUACUACGAAGUCUUGGACGCGAGCGAACCCGAGAGUGCUAGAGUUCACCCUGUAGUUUUGAAGUGGAUGGAGCACAUACAGAGUAAAGAUCCGGAGUGUUCAGCAGGACGCAUCUCGGCGAUCAAAGAUUUGCUCAAGGUUGUACGCGAGAUGUUGCUGGUCGUCAAUUUACCGCCCAAUAGGAAGAGUGGGACUUUGAGUGGUCGGCCUCUGCUUCCUCCAGCACUCGGUCAAUCCGUCACGCACUAUCGAGCUACUGCUGCGCAAUUUCGGGACGAGCUUGAUGCUAUAUUGAGAAAGCGAAACGUGACCGGUUAUAUGUUCACUGGAAAAGAUCGCGCGAAUGUCAGAACGCCAACCUUCACAGCGCCAAUGCUUUCGCCAAACAGUGCUAAUCUCCCGCUGAACAGUUUGCCGCCUUCAGGGUCGCUCAAGAGUGGAGUGCUUGGGAAACCUAUCGGUGCUGACUACACGCUUCCGCCACUCAAAGACUGGGAGUUCCAGAUCGAUAAUAACUUCGCUGACAAAGUCGUCGCAAGAAUCGGUGGGCAGGAGUUCAUACCGCAAUCACGCAUUUCUCAUCAACUUUGUAGCACAUGCUCCGCACAAGAUUUCCUCGAAGGCGGUUUCAGCAUCGACGAGCGGGUAUCAACGUUGGAAGAUCGUGCGUCAAAAUGCGAUCUGUGCAAAAUGCUAUACGAAGUUCACAAUCAAGCCGAGGAGCCCAAAGGAGAUCGAGCGAUCUUCCAGCGAGAUCAGUCAAACAUCAUCAUGACGGGCGAUUCAUACCCUGUCCUUUCUCUGAUCAGAGGACCAGAAACCGACGUCCCGUGCCCAAUCCAAGUUGGCUUCCCUGAGCUCCCUGAAGCUGGAUCAGACACGUUUUUCAGCCUCAUAAAGCUUUGGCUGGAAGAUUGCGACACUCAUCACACAGGAUGUCAAGGGUUAUCACAAAGCCUGCCGACAAGACUGCUUGACGUGGGCACUAUUGAUAUGCCAACGCUGCGCCUUGUUGAAACGAAGUGGGAUAAGAUCUCAAGCAAACAAUACAUCGCACUAUCGCAUCCUUGGGGAGACACUACAAAGUAUACACCAUUUUGUACCCUUCCAGAGAAUUUAGAUAACCAUCUUGAAGCUAUUCCCGAAGGACAUCUCCCGGCGACCUUUCAUGACGCUGUCAACUGCACACGGAAGAUUGGCAUCCGCUAUCUGUGGGUAGAUUCGCUCUGCAUUAUCCAAGGUGAACAUGGAGACUUCAACGAUGAGUCCAAGAAUAUGGAAGCAGUUUUCAGUGGAGCGUAUUGCGUGCUCGCUGCAAGUCGAGCAAGCACCCAGCGUGAUGGCUUCCUAGAUUCCAGACCACAGCGUGAGUAUAUCACUAUUCCACGCGAGAACGGGAAGCCCUUCUAUGUUUGCAGAACCAUCGACAAUUUCAGUAAGGAUGUGAUUGGGGGGUCAUUGAACAAGAGGGGUUGGGUACUGCAAGAACGCGCGCUGGCACGGCGAACCAUCUACUUCACGGAGAACCAGACAUAUUUUGAGUGUGGUCAAGGCGUACGAUGCGAAACGUUGACCAGACUGCACAAGUAA